CAGUAAAACUUUAACAUUAUGAUCUAUUUAGUUCAUAAAGACAAAGAUAUGGCAACGCUAGUUUCAAAAGCAAAUUUUCUCAGAAUCGUAGCACAAAAAAGGGAGGGGUGAGUUUUCACGCGUAGCUCACCCUACCUUCUUGACCGAAACUGCUUUCUCAUUUGUAGGUGACGUGGCUUCGAGUAUCCACUCGAUAUGCAUUUGUCUGUACGGCACUGUAGUGAACGGUUGAUCCCGGAAGAAAUAAAGGGCCAGGUCAUUUAAUUGGAAUGCUGUUUCGUCUUUGCUGUCGUGUACCAUCCGCAACGCAAAUUCAAGUGCGUUCUUACUUGACCAACCAGACGGCUCCAUUUAUUGUGUUGACUUUUACGUUGAAUGAAACAAAUAUGGCUGCAACCGAGUGUCAAAAGCUCUUGUGAGUUUUAGUUUGCUAUAAUCACACCCUAUGCUCCGUAGAGAUAAGUCACGUAUAUCUUGGUAUGUUUAUCUGAAAAGUUAUGCCUCAAUCAGGUAGGCCUCUUGGGUUCAUGUGGUCUAGAGGAUGGAGUAUCUCCCUAGAAGAAAAUUUUACUACAGUUGAUGACGUUAAUCCUGAAAAAUUACAAUCUCGUUAAGUUGAAUUGUGGAAAGUUUGGAUGCUUUCUGAAAUUCAUUUUUUUUUUGUGGGGUUCUUUAUUAUUAUCCAGAUCUAUUACUUUCCUCUGAUUUUCAUUCGUACAACACAACCUUUCGACAUGUUUGUCUAAAUUUCUUUGAAAUCACUAGAUAGCCGUUAGGUUUUGUCUGAGAUGUUCAUGAACGCUGCAAAAGGUCAUGUUGUGGUUGUAAAGGAUGUAUUGACUCAGUGUGUUUGCAAUUCCUUUGGCAUUUCGUGUAAUAAAACGGGAACACAAGUAUGUCAGUCGUGCGAAAGGAAGUAAUUUUUGUUUGUUUUAUCAUAGUUGAUAUGAUACUGACGGAAGUGAAUCUUUUGGACGUUUGCCGUCAGACGAUAACAAGAAUCGUGUGUAAAAUUCGGCUUUUUAUUACUCCUUUAUUACGUUUUUGAUGUUUAAGAAAACGUCCACUGACACAUCUGCAUUCUUAGAUGAGACUUGGGUAAAGCCACGUUAAAAAUUUCUCUCUAGUUUCAAGUAGUUAGGCUCCAUGAUGAUUCUUUCAACUAAACUCGUAAAAUGUGUCUUUUGGGGGAUUAAUUUAAUGAUUUUUGUGAUACCAUUUGUUGUCGUGGGUUUAAAAGAAAACGAAACAGUUGUGGAUGAUUUCGACGAUGGCACGGCUAAUUUUUGGCAAAUUCCAAACGACAAUUCAUUUACUUUUUGGUGUUUGACGAUGCACGGUGAUCCUCCUCCGUUUGGAUUCGACUCGCUGCGACCACCAAUGGAAGAAAAUGGUGGUGGUUUCCUCGAGGUUGUGCCGAUCUCUGAUUCACCAGCACACAUCUAUUCCAAUGAGUUUGACCUGUUGCCCGGCGCCACUGUCGAGUUGACCUACUGGAACGUUGUUGCCUUCACGAUCCUUCAACGGAACACAAUUCUUAAUCUUUACACUAUUGAAAACGUAACGGAGAAUGAACCAGCGUUUAAGACGGUGCAGGUUUACAACGCACCACCACCAGCUGAUCCAUCGUCCGGCUGGAUUACAGUUAUAAUUGAUCUUAAGAUUAACACACCAUCUAGACUGCAGCUCCGUCUCGAUGGCAACAGGGCGAACCUGAAUAGUACUGGAUUAGCUGUUAGCAAAAUCAUCAUCAAGAACGGGUUGAAUAUGAGCACAACGUCGACCGUUCCAACACCAACUUUCGCGAACAAUAGCAGCGAACCUACUAGCUACAGCUCCUUGUCUUUUUCUGUUACUCCAUCAAGCACAAAUCCAACUACUACCACUAUUAGCUCAAACUUGUCAAGUACUUCCACAGUGAAUGUCGGUUCAACCGUACCAUCCACCACGAGCAUGAGCUCUCUGUUAUCUACAGACACGGCAACUUCCACGAGCCCGGCAACUUCCACGGAUCCGACAUCGUCCACGGAUCCGACAUCGUCCACGGAUCCGACAUCGUCCACGGAUCCGACAUCGUCCACGGAUCCGACAUCGUCCACGGAUCCGACAUCGUCCACGGAUCCGACAUCGUCCACGGAUCCGACAUCGUCCACGGAUCCGACAUCGUCCACGGAUCCCGAAAGCUCUUCCGAAUCAGUCAGUUCAGAUUCUAGCAACUCAGAUAGCACAACAAUAUCUUCGUCAACGACUACCGAGUCAACGGGCAUGCCGAACGAGUUACGCGGAGCCGUCAUUGGUGUUAGUGUUUCUACAAUCCUUCUUGCAUUAUUCUCUGUUCUUCUCGUUUAUUGUUAUCGACAGCAUCGCCGUCAGGCCUACCUGGUCGAGAGCAAACGACUAGAAGCUGGAACCAUUCGACCGCUGGAACACUUAGACGAAAAUCUUGAAAUUCCUUAUAAAAUUCCUUCUGAAACCUCUUCAGUCACCACAACAACGGCUUUCGCCACUCCGUGUCUAUAGCUUUUAUUUGAAGCUCACGGAGAGCUUCACCAUAAUCAAAAUAACAAAUUCGAAAAUGUAAAGCCCUCGCAAAGGCUAUUUACGAACCAUUUUUCAAAUACAGGACGGAUGGACCUUUCAA